AGUUAUACCUGGCCCAGAAAAUAACACAAAGUAUGGAGCCCACAGUUGCCGGAAUCAUUUAGCUAACAUAGUCUAAAGGCCUGUAGGCAAGUGCACUUUUAGUCACUGAUAAUGUCUAACGUGUAAUGGAUUUAUAAACCGUUCAUAAACUAGUUUUAGCAUAUAAUAUAAUCUGGUACAAAUUGUCCAAAUUCCCUGGGAAUGGAUGAACAAAUCCACUUGUUGCCCCGAGCGCUUAUCUUUACCACCGGAUGGCGCGCUUUUCACAGCGCACGAGGACUGUCGUGAGGAGAAACCGUCUCUUGGGACCGCGCGUGAAGUCUAUACGUUUAGUCGGUUUUUAACGGAUUUUAAAAGGCUUCUUUCUUUCCCCCACAAAACUGACUGACUCCUACAGAAUAAAGGGAGUCUGAUGUGUAGCAGACACCAUGCAUCAGCUGUUAGGCCUGGUGCUGGGCAAGAGGGACCUGUCCCGGGCUGGAGACCUCUUCUCCCUGGAGGACUCUGAGAUAGAGGACUGCCUCUCACAGGCCCUGGAGGAAAUCAAGGUCCAAGCUAUCUAUUGCUCUCCUGACUACCUGACCAAUGACAAUGACCAGGCUGUGGUGGAGAUCUGCAUCACGCGUAUCACCACGGCAAUCAGGGAGACACGGUCCAUCGAGCGCCAUGGGGGGGCACUGGUGGGUCUGUGGGAGUCCUGUCUGGAACACAACCUCACCCCCCAGGGUAAAGAUGAAGACACACCCCAUGCCAAGAUAGCCUCUGACAUCACCAGCUGUAUUCUGCAGAACUACAGUCGUCCCCCAGUGAUGGCUCUAGCAGUGCCGGUGGCAGUGAGGUUUCUGCAGAGAGGCAACAGAGAGCUCAGUAGAAACAUGUCCAGUUAUCUCUCUCUGGCUGCCAUGGCUAAGGCUGAACUACUGGCAGAACACACAGAGGCUAUCACUUGCAGCGUGCUGGGAGGUAACCACAUGCUCCUACGCGUGCUGCCGUCCAUCUACCCCAAACAGCCCCAUGUCAUCCAUCGUCACCUAGGCAACCUGACGGCCAUGAUGUCACAGCUCGAUUCACCGGAGCAACAACACCUGCUGAGGCUGAUCAGGAUGGUCGCCGAGCAACAGCCACUGGUUCUGAGCCCCCUGGUGCCCUCCCUGGUUGGUUACCUAGGCGAUGCCUCUCUGAACGAGACUCUACUGGGUGCACUGGUGGACGUGUCACAGGCUAGCCCCGCCUCCAUGACCCCCUUCCUGCCCGCGCUGAGGGUUGUGGGUCAGCAGUACCCAGUCCUGCUGGGACACGUGGUCAAAAUACACAGAGCUGUGGGCUUGACCAGUGAGCGUCAGGCCCGUAGCUCCCUGGCGUACCUAGUGUCUCUGCUGGGCAGUAUGGAUCACAGCUUCCACUACAGUCUGCUGCUGGAGAUCAGAGCCCUGACUGACAGAUACACCUCCAUCCUGGGAGGCUGUGCCAAAGACAUCUACAGGAUGAGUAACAGCUUCACCUCUAUAGCCAGACUACUGGAGACAUACACCACCAUCAACUGCAGGGUUGAAGAGGAAUCCGAAGGCCCUCCUUCCCCAGAAGCCAGUGUGUGUGGGGGUGCAGGGGGGUUUGGAAGGGGGUCAGAGCGGCGACUGCAGGUGAAGAUCCAGGCGUUUGAGGAGAAGAUGGGGGAUGAGGGGGGAGAAGGGGAGACAGACGGUGGGUCAACUACACCCCAACGCAGAUACAGCAUGGGACAAGCCGCUAGAGAGGAAUACAGAGAGAUGAGAUUUAACAGGUCAAAGAGUCUGGCUCUGCACGCCAUGAGGUCACGGUCCAUCAACUCUGAGAGUGGUCCGGAUGGAGAAGGGGUGGAGCUAACGUCUGACGCAUUGCUCUCAGGGUCCCCACCCAAUCAGCAAACGGAAAACUUAGACACCUCUCCCACUGAGAGGGAGCUAACCAAUGAGAGUUCCCUGUCUCCCUCCACCCGUCCGGCCACGCCCCGUGAGGAACAGAGGGAUGGACAGGGAGAGGGGGAAGGAAGGAGAGGAGUGAAGAGGGACACUGGGAAAGAGGACAAGCUGUACAGCCAUCUGAGGGACAACAUGGAGAAGAUCAAAGAGUUCUGUUCUGUGAUGGUCCAACAGAUCCCCAUACCAGAACACUGUGUCAUAGAAGACUCAAGCCGUGGCUGUGUUGCAAAGCUGUCGUUCUCGUGCUCUCUAAAGGGGCAUUACUGUCUGUUUACCAAGUCCUGUUUCACCCUCACCAGCCUCCAGCCACACCUCUGGAUCAACAUCAUGCUGCUUCACCUACAGAGUCAGCACAGCGCUCCCCUCUCCUCUCUGGAUGACUGUGUUCAGAGGUUGGGGAGACUGUGGGAGAGGACCCAGCUUAAAGGAGCUCACUGCUUCUCCAUGGCCAUGACACAACAGCCCACUCCACACAGAAAGGACCUGGACAGUCUGCAGAUCCUUCUGGAGGAGGUGCGUUUCUUUGACCUGUUUGGCUUCAGUGAAGAGGAGGGCAGCUGGCUCUGCUACAUGUGCAACAACCCAGAGAAGGCCACGGUGGUGAACGAGGAUGGCCAGCCGCUGAUAGAGGGGAAACUGAAAGAGAAGCAGGUUCGCUGGAAGUUCAUCAAACGCUGGAAGACUCGCUACUUCACCCUGGCAGGAAACCAGCUCCUCUUCCGGAAGGGAAAAUCUAAGGAUGAGCUAGAUGACAGCACCAUCGAUCUGAACAAAGUGCAGAGCGUCAAGGUGGUGGCUAAGAAGCGACGUGAGCGGGGUCUCCCUCGGGCCUUUGAGAUCUUCACGGACAGUAAAACAUACGUCCUGAAGGCUCGUGAUGAGAAGCAUGCUGAGGAGUGGCUCCAGUGUAUUAAUGUUGCCGUGGCCCAGGCCAGAGAGAGAGAGAACAGAGAGGCCACCACCUACCUGUGACCUGGAAGAUAUUCUACUGUGACCCGUUCCUGACCCAGAAACACAACAUUCAGCCCCGCACUACUGUACCAUCUACUAACAACAGCUGUGAUGUCCACUGUUUCUGGUCACCUGACAGCUGUGGGGCAGCGAAGACUGAUAUCCAGACAUCAUUAUCAGAAUUUUGUCAAACACUUAUAUAGGGUAUUGUUUCAGUAUUUACAGCAAUAAGGAUCUUACUAGCAAUAUGGACCUUCUAUUUCCAGCAAUAACAAUCUACACAGUAAACCUAGCAAUAAGAGCUCAAUAUGAACAGCAUGAGAAAACUAUCUUGGCCCAGACAGUGAAGAUGAAAACUCCCUAAUAGAUAGCAUAUGAGAGCGUUCUACAGAAAACAAACAGAUUUACUGUUAUUAGCAUUUAGCAGUAUAAUUUAUUAAUAAACCGUCAUUUAGCAGUAUAAUUUAUUAAUAAACCGUCAUUUAGCAGUAUAAUUUAUUAAUAAACCGUCAUUUAGCAGUAUAAUUUAUUAAUAAACCGUAAUUUAGCAGUAUAAUUUAUUAAUAAACCGUCAUUUAGCAGUAUAAUUUAUUAAUAAACCGUCAUUUAGCAGUAUAAUUUAUUAAUAAACCUUCAUUUAAAAAGGACCCAGUGGUGUAAUAUAGUGAGCUACAAAAGUAUUGAGAAAGUUACCAAUAUCAUACCUCCAGGAGGUAUGCUAACCUUUCACCAUUAUAAUAACAGUGGAGAUUAGCAUUUUUUGGCAGGGGUGUGAUAUUUGUGCAUCUGUGACUUGCUCACUCAUCAUUAUUCACGAUUCAUUCAGGAUUAUCCGUAAUCAUGGUAACAUCCACAUUAAUGUAGAUGUGUUUAGAAACAUAUUAUAUUCUUAUUUACAAUAAAAGUGACUCCAAAAUGACACAAUACAUUAUUUACCAUUAAUUUCUAUUGGGCACAAAAUAAUCUGAAACACAACCAAAACUAACAGAAAAUGUAGUCACAAGCUUGUUGGGACCAAAUGCUUAACUUUUUACUACUUUAAUCAUUUCGAAACGGUUCAUCUGAUAUGGAUGAAAAUACCCUCAAUUGAAAGCUGACAACCUGCAUGUUAAUCUCAUGGUCAUUGUAUCAUUUCAAAUUCAAAGUGCUGGAGCAGAGACAAAACAACCGAAAAUGUGUCACUGUCCCAAUAUGUUUGGCGCUCCAUUGUAUGUCAUAGUUCAUAAAUGAACAGCCUAGUCCUCUGGAGGUCUUAGCAGAGGCUCAGGACAACAGUGGGUGAUAUGGACCACACUGCUGGGGGCUUUAUAACUACGGUUUCCCUCUAGGACACGCUCUUCUAUGGAGAAACAUGUUUAUUGGCAAAGCUAUCAUCUUUUUAUUCUCUUGCCUUUUGUUUCAAGAAAAUAGUUUUUUGUGUGUGUGUGUGUGUGUGUGUGUGUGUGUGUGUGUGUGUGUGUGUGUGUGUGUGUGUGUGUGUGUGUGUGUGUGUGUGUGUGUGUGUGUGUGUGUGUGUUUACAAUGAUGAGCAUUGUUGACAUUUCUGAUUUCUGACGUCCAUUAAUAACUAUACAUUAAACCUAUAGUUUGCAGAACUCUCUCUCAUCACGCUGGAGUCUACCAUCUCUCCCCUAAUUGGAGUAACUAGUGGACAACAACUCUUAGGCUUCUACUUCCAGCUUAUACAUACUAAAUCAAAUCAAAUUGUAUUUGUCACAUACAUGGGGUGGCAGGGUAGCCUAGUGGUUAGAGCGUUGGACUAGUAACCGGAAGGUUGCGAGUUCAACCCCCCAAGCUGACAAGGUACAAAUCUGUCGUUCUGCCCCUGAACAGGCAGUUAAACUGUUCCCAGGCCGUCAUUGAAAAUAAGAAUGUGUUCUUCAACUGACUUGCCUGGUUAAAUAAAGGUAAAAUUAAAAAUGGUUAGCAGAUGUUAAUGCGAAAUGCUUGUGCUUCUAGUUCUGACAACGCAGUAAUAACCAACAAGUAAUGGUGAAACCUAACAAUUUCACAACAACUACCUUAUACACACAAGUGUAAAGGGAUAAAGAAUAUGCACAAAAAGAUAUAUGGAUGAGUGAUGGUACAGAACGGCAUAGGCAAGAUGCAGGAGAUGGUAUCGAGUACAGUAUAUGAGAUGAUUAAUGUAGGGUAUGUAAACAUAAAAGUGGCAUUGUUUAAAGUGGCUAGUGAUACAUUUAUUACAUCAAUUUUCCAUUAUUAAAGUGGCUGGAGUUGAGUCAGUAUGUUGGCAGCACUGUUAUGUUAGUGAUGACUAUUUAACAGUCUGAUGGCCUUGAGAUAGAAGCUGUUUUUCAGUCUCUCUGUCCCAGCUUUGAUGCACCUGUACUGACCUCACCUCCUGGAUGAUAGUGGGGUGAACAGGCAGUGGCUCGGGUGGUUGUUGUCCUUGAUGAUCUUUUUGGCCUUCCUGUGACAUCGGGUGGUGUAGGUGUCCUGGAGGGCAGGUAGUUUGCCCCCAGUGAUGCGUUGUGCAGACCUCACUACCCUCUGGAGAGCCUUACGGUUGUGAGCGGAGCAGUUGCCGUACCAGGCGGUGAUACAACUCGGCAGGAUGUUCUCGAUUGUGCAUCUGUAAAAGUUUGUGAGUGCUUUUGGUGACAAGUCGAAUUUCUUCAGCCUCCUGAGGUUGAAGAGGCGCUGCCUGCCUGUCUGUCUAUCUGUCUUAACUUACUACCCUCUCCACUACUGUCCCGUCGAUGUGGAUAGGGGGCUGCUCCCUCUGCUGUUUCCUGAAGUCCACGAUCAUCUCCUUUGUUUUGUUGACGUUGAGUGUGAGGUUAUUUUCCUACAUUUUACGGACGCAAUGUAUUUUACAAUAGUAAUCUUUUGUUUGUUUUUAGUCCCAUCCUUAAGCUAUUCUCAACCCCUCCCAUUUAUCUCUGAACACCACCCAGAUUGUAUUUCUAUUUGCCAUAUACUUGCCAACUGUGCUGUUUCACCAAACUUCUGAACCUACUGUAAAUACAUUUUCCUUUAGUUUAUCUUGUUAUUUUUAGUCCUACCCUUCAGCUCCACUCAGCUUUCCAAUGAACCCAUUGACUUGCCUGAAUGAGCAAUGUGUUCUAGAAUCCGAACGAAUUAAACAAUACACUCACAAACUGCUGACAAAAUCUAAGAAUUGGACUGGAGAUUUCCUUGUGGGUUCAGAACCAGCACCAGCUGUCAUAAUGAAUUAACUGUUUCUGUGGACGAUGCAGCCAGUUAAGUCAUUUUGAAUUAUUUGUAAGUGUAGAUGAUGUACACCCAGUGGUCAGUAUAUUAGGUACACCCAGUGGUCAGUAUAUUAGGUACACACAGUGGUCAGUGUAUUAGGUACACUCAGUGGUCAGUGUAUUAGGUACACUCAGUGGUCAGUGUAUUAGGUACGCACUGUGGUCAGUGUAUUAGGUACGCACUGUGGUCAGUGUAUUAGGUACACUCAGUGUAUUAGGUACGCACAGUGGUCAGUGUAUUAGGUACGCACAGUGGUCAGUGUAUUAGGUACGCACUGUGGUCAGUGUAUUAGGUACGCACUGUGGUCAGUGUAUUAGGUACACUCAGUGUAUUAGGUACGCACAGUGGUCAGUGUAUUAGGUACGCACUGUGGUCAGUGUAUUAGGUACGCACUGUGGUCAGUGUAUUAGGUACACUCAGAGUACACUCAGACCAGAGAAACCCUGUAAUACUCUACACCCCCUCAGUGGUCAUAGAGACCAGAGAAACCCUAUAAUACUCUACACCCCCUCAGUGGUUAUAGAGACCAGAGAAACCCUGUAAUACUCUACACCCCCUCAGUGGUCAUAGAGACCAGAGAAACCCUGUAAUACUCUACACCCCCUCAGUGGUCAUAGAGACCAGAGUAAUCCUGUAAUACUCUACACCCUCUCAGUGGUCAUAGAGACCAGAGUAAUCCUGUAAUACUCUACACCCCAUCAGUGGUCAUAGAGACCAGAGAAACCCUGUAAUACUCUACACCCCCUCAGUAGGCAUAGAGACCAGAGAAACCCUGUAAUACUCUACACCCCCUCAGUGGUCAUAGAGACCAGAGUAAUCCUGUAAUACUCUACACCCUCUCAGUGGUCAUAGAGACCAGAAUAAUCCUGUAAUACUCUACACCCCCUCAGUGGUCAUAGAGACCAGAGAAACCCUGUAAUACUCUACACCGCCUCAGUGGUCAUAGAGACCAGAGUAAUCCUGUAAUACUCUACACCGCCUCAGUGGUUAUAGAGACCAGAGAAACCCUGUAAUACUCUACACCCCCUCAGUGGUCAUAGAGACCAGAGAAACCCUGUAAUACUCUACACCCCCUCAGUGGUCAUAGAGACCAGAGUAAUCCUGUAAUACUCUACACCCCCUCAGUGGUCAUAGAGACCAGAGUAAUCCUGUAAUACUCUACACCCCCUCCGUGGUCAUAGAGACCAGAGUAAUCCUGUAACACCCCCUCGAAGCAGAGACCUAGAGACAAACAAAGCAUGGAGCCUGGACUAGCUGAAGCGUUAGUCAGCACUCUACCAUUAGAGUGCUACCACUCUACCAUUAGUUACCAUGUGAGGUAUGAAUGUGUCAAGUAAGUGACUGUGUUUUAGCCCAGCUCCUGUGCCACGUCUAGAUGUGUGUAAAUAGUCUCUAUUCAGGGCAGGUCUGUUUCCUGUAGCCCUGUGGCUCUCUAGGUGAAUGUUGGGUCUACAUUGCCUGCUACACGGCCUGCUGCAUGUCCUGCUCUGUAAUGCUAAAGUAGUGUCAGCCAUAACAGCAGAACAGAGUGCCGGGCCGGGAUUUCUCACAGCUCACAGAUGUAUGUUUCUCUAACGACCUCUUCUGGGACUGACCUGGCAGCCACCGCAGCCGACGUUUGCUUACAACAAUUAUUUACAUCACACCUUUCUCCUCCUCAGCCCUUCUCCUCCUCCCUGACCCAAUUACACAGCUCUGCUCAGGCCCCAGAAUCUCACAGCCAAUAGCACAGUCCACUAGUGAUACUGGCAAUACUUAUUGUAUUAAGUGCAGUACAGUUCAACAUUCCUAAUUCAAUGAGCCUAUGUUCUUUUGACUCGCUCCAGAUAUCCAUUGUCUCACUCCUACACGCCGCUCGUCCCCAAUGCCAGAUAUCAACAUGCUUGUGUUCACCCAUAUUGCAGGGGUGGACUAUGUAUUCCCAUACAGUAUGUCCAUAUUCUAGCUGGAUUUCGUUCCCUGCCAUGCCAACCCAUCGCGAAAUCACGACACAGAAGUCUGUGCGUCAGCCACGACACUAUGGUGCCAUGGUGAUGACGUCAUCGUUUUACUACUGCGUCGAUUUCUGAAUGUUUGAAGACAAUGUCUUGUAAAUAUUCUAGAACCAGUUAUGUCAACACCUUUUCCUCUCCCGUCACUGCCAUCUUGCCCUAGAUCCAGAGCUUCUCGGGGUCUUUGAGCCAAAAUGAGUCGUUGUGUUGUUGUGUUUCUUCAUAGCUGAAUGUAUUUACAGGCAGCUGUGUAAAUAGAGUUUCCUGUUAUGGGGGCAUUAAGACGAUACAUACGGUAUGUGUAUAUUAGUGUUGUCUCUCUAAGUCUUUCUGUGACAAUGAAAAAUGUUCUUCUACUGUUCUAGACUACACCAAUAAUCACAGAUUUUGUAUUUUUGAACUGAAUUUACAAAAAGUAUUCAUGUUUUUGAAUGUACGGUAUAACUGAUUUUCAGUAUAGAGAAAAUUGUAGAUGACAUGAUUAACAAACUUCUAUUCUGUUUUUUUAAUGUUAGAUUGUAUUAAUAACCACUUGGUUUUCAUUUUGAGGACUAUUUAUUUUUCCUGUAUUCUGAAAUCAUGCCUGAAAAAACAGCUGAUGCUUAAUGCUUAGUGAAAUAGAUUUUCUAUGCAUCACUUUAAUAUCGUAUGUUCUUGUUUUUCUGUGCAACAAUAUCACUGUAAAGACAAAUGAAUGGUGUUGCUUCUUUAUGAUAGAAUAAUAUUAAGACGUCUUACAUUUCUGCCUGUUGCAUGUCUGACUCUGCCCUGUGUUUCUGCCUUCAUGCCUCAGUUACAUGUCUGACUCUGCCCUGUGUUUCUGCCUUCAUGCCUCAGUGACAUUUCUGACUCUGCCCUGUGUUUCUGCCUUCAUGCCUCAGUUACAUGUCUGACUCUGCCCUGUGUUUCUGCCUUCCUGCCUCAGUUACAUGUCUGACUCUGCCCUGUGUUUCUGCCUUCAUGCCUCAGUUACAUGUCUGAAUCUGCCCUGUGUUUCUGCCUUCCUGCCUCAGUUACAUGUCUGAAUCUGCCCUGUGUUCUCGCUCUAAGGAUUAUUGAAUAUCAUCAAUAAAAUGAAGAGGUUUAUCAUUCAAAA